AUCUUUUAAUCCUGUUGUACUGCGAGAUUCUAAACUUUAGGGGUUUUAACCUUAUUUCUGAUCAUGUCCGGUCGUGGAAAGCAGGGAGGCAAGGCUCGCGCCAAGGCCAAGUCGCGUUCGUCCCGCGCAGGCCUGCAGUUCCCGGUGGGGCGUGUGCACCGGCUGCUGCGCAAAGGCAACUACGCCGAGCGGGUGGGAGCCGGCGCGCCCGUGUACAUGGCGGCCGUGCUGGAGUACCUGACCGCGGAGAUCCUGGAGCUGGCGGGUAACGCCGCCCGAGACAACAAGAAGACGCGCAUCAUCCCUCGUCACCUCCAGCUGGCCAUCCGAAAUGACGAGGAGCUGAAUAAGCUGCUGGGCAAAGUGACCAUCGCCCAGGGCGGCGUUUUGCCCAACAUCCAGGCCGUCUUGUUACCUAAGAAGACCGAAAGUCACAAGGCCAAAAGCAAAUAAAUGC